ACGCUUGUAAAGAGAGGAGGCAGAUAGAUACAGCGAUUUACCCAACCCAAAAGCAUUGGAACUACCUCAGCAUCAGGACCACGGGCUGAAUCACUCUCGCUUCCUUCACUGAACGGGGAGAAGAAACUCUUGGUAAUUAUUAGCACUAAAAACAGGGAGUAUAGCUGGCAUGUUCUAAAGAGCUGCCUUGGACGUUAAGCAUUUAUAACAAGAAAUACAGAGGGAACAGUGAUUGGCAAAUAAUUUGACUGAAGAUGGACGCGUUCAUGAAGGGACUGUUUAAAGCCAAGGAAGGUGUUGUGGCAGCAGCAGAAAAGACGAAGCAUGGAGUGGCGGAAGCAGCAGGCAAAACAAAAGAGGGAGUGCUCUAUGUGGGCACCAAAACCAAGGAUGGAGUUUCAUCAGUGGCAGAGAAAACCAAAGAGCAGGUGUCCCAGGUUGGAGGUGCAAUGGUCACAGGGGUCACAGCGGUUGCACACAAAACUGCGGAAGGUGCAGGGAACAUUGCUGCUGCUACAGGACUUGUGAAGAAAGACAGGAUGGCGAAGCAGGGUGAAGAUAUUCUCUCCCAGGAAGGGUUGAUGGAGAACACAGGAGACAUUCCAAUGGAUCCUGACAAUGAUGUUUAUGAGAUGCCACCACAGGGGGACUACCAUGGUUUUCAGUCAGAUGCGUGAGAAUUGAAAAACUGAAAAAUAAUCAACAAGACUGUCCAAGUCCUCUACCAAGUUGCGCCCAAAUUGUGAUUUCUUUUCAAGUUUGUAAAACAGUGAAUUUUGAAGUCUUCCAUCAGCAGUAACUGGAGUGUAUGCACUUUUGACCUGCCACCAUUUUUGUGAUUCCCUCCCACUGGAAUGAGUGUCUGGUCAGAGGUACAUUAUGUGUUCUGUGGGCAUCUGUGGCUUUAAAGGUUAACAAAAAAAAUAUAUAUUAAUUACAAAAAACACCUAAGUGUCUGCUGCUUUGUUAACAUAAAACUGAAUUAUAUAUUUUUGUCUGUGAAUUGUCACUGUGUAAACUGGUGUUAUGCAAUGCUGAUUUUCUAUGUUUUCUAUGUUUAAACUGAAAUGUGUGAAUUCACCAUUGUGCAUGAGGCUGUGCACAUAUUACUAUUGACUGUGAAUGUUUACUAUGUCUGUGUUGCAUUUUUUGACUUGUGUUUGUAAAUAAAGUGUUUCAAACAAA